AUGGCCGGCAAACUCAUCCUGAUGACGGGCAGUACAGGCCACGUCGGAUACCGAACCUUGAUCGAGGCUUUGUCGAAAGGGUACAAAGUCAGAGCCGCCGUUCGGUCAGAAGCAAAGAUUGCUGAGCUCAAGGCUGCAAAGCCCUCGCAGCCAUACCUUGAUCAACUCUCCUUCGUCAUCGUCUCCGACAUGGAGAAAGACGGAGUGUUCGACGAGGCGGUCAAGGACGUGGACUUUAUCGUCCACAUUGCAUCUCCCCUGCCAGGACCAUCUGAUGACCACGAGGCAGCGAUCAUCCAGCCAGCUAUUCGCGCCACCUUGAGCAUUCUUCACUCCGCCCUCAAACAGCCGUCAGUCAAGCGAGUGGUCAUCACCUCCUCCGUGGCAGCGGUCCUUCCUCCCGACGCAAGGGAGUUUACCGUGGACAACGUCGAGCCCGAGCCGCAGGGACCCUACGGGAACCCGUUCGAAGCUUAUAUGGCCAGUAAGAAACUAGCAUACCAUCGGACUCUGGACUUUAUUGCCAACGAGAAGCCCAUCUUCAAUAUCGUCCACAUCAUGCCCAGCUUCGUCGUCGGCAAGAACGCACUAGCAUCUAGUCCAAAGGACGCGUUGUCGGGGUCAAAUGCCAUCGUUAUGACCCCUGUAAUGGGUCAGCACAAUCCAGUAGGGAUGAUGGCGGCUGUCUGCCAUGUCGACGACGUUGCCUUUGUGCAUAUCGCUUCGCUGGAACCCGGCAUUCAAGGCAACCGGAACUUUGGAGUCAAUUAUCGAGGCGACAAGCCAGUCGUGUGGGAUGAUGCCAUCGAGAUUGUGAAAAAGCACUUCCCCAAAGAAGUCGAGAAAGGUGUGUUUCCUCUUGGGGGGUCGAUGAAGUCAUUGCCAGCAGGGUUCGACGCCAGUCAGACAGAAGAGGUUUUUGGUAUCAAAUUCAAGGACUUUGAAGAACAGAUUGUGAGCAUCGCAGGCCAUUACGCAGAAGUGGUUGCAAACGCUUAA